AUGUUCUACAAGAAUCUUCUUAGUCCUUGUGCAAAUAGUUUAGAAACAAUUGAUCUCCCUGUUGUGAGAAGAGGUACUAUGCUGAGUAUAGAGGCUAGAAGGUGUUUAAUCUCCCUAAUAAGAGCAAGUGAAAUUGAUAGUGCUCUUGCAAAUAUUGAUGAUAACAAGGCCCCAGGUGUGGAUGGAUUUAAUGCCUUGUUUUUCAAAAAAGUUUGGCAUUUAAUAAAAACUGAUGUGUAUCAAGGUGUUCAGGAAUUUCUUCAGGGGGCAGAGUUAUAUAGGCCUAUGAACAUCACCCUUAUCACACUUAUACCAAAAGUGGAUCAGGCUAUGCAGGCUAAAGAUUUUAGGCCUAUAGCAUGUUCCUCAAUGCUUUACAAGAUCAUUGAUGCCAAAGUUCUCACCAAUAGGUUAGGGCAAGUGUAUCAGAGUGGCUCUAUUCUCCCACUUGGACAGGUUUGCCCCUCCAUUUCUUGCGUGCAUACGUCAGUCAAGAUUGACAUCCGAUGCCUGAGAAGUCUUAAUGAGAUUCCAGAAUCAGCUGCAAUAUCUGUCCUUGAUCAGUUUCUGUUAUCAGGAGCAGAUGAGAAUGACAAAGGAGCAUUUCUUGCUGGAUUGAUUACCAAGUACCAGGUUAGAAGUUUUGGGAUAAGUCAAGUGCCUGAAUAUACAUCAAGAGCAAAUGAAUCUAUCAGUGUACGAUCAGACUUGGUCAGGUUGCGGAGUCGAAGCCAGGUGCCAGCUUUGGACUCCUUUUCUUCUCACAUGGCCACCUCAAGGUAUGAGAGAUAUUCUCCUCGUUUGCCAUAUUUCGACUACUCACUAUCACCUCGAGCUGGCAUUACAAGAACAUCGGAGGAAAGGAACUCUUCCCCAAUGCACUUACCGGUUUCCUCAUCAAGCUAUGGGAAAAUGGGAAUGAAAUCACCUGUUAUACAGGGGGCAUCUCACCAACCCACACGAUCUCAAGUUAGAUUUGAUCCUUUUACAGGUGAACCUUACAAAUUCGAUCCCUUCAUAGGUGAACCUAUUCAACCCGAAUCUCUUUCUCGGGGUAAUCAAAGCUUUUAUUGAAGCUAAUGGAAGCUUUGGGGGCACAAUUUUUUAUCCUGAUCAUCUGGUAAUUAGUGGAAGGGGGAAUAUCAACCUGAAGAAGUUGUACAAUAGUAAGAAAUGUAGGUUGUUCUUAGAGUAGUGAAGGUGUUAUUUAAUGAUCAAAUGGUUACUUAAAAUUACAUAUAGGUUUUAAGUUGAUUCAGAGCGUAAUGAAAGAAAGAUUUGGGGAAAUGUACACAAGCCUUUAUAUGAUUGAUUAUUCUUCUGGUUCA